GAGAACCACACCCGGCACGAUUUUUUUUUGCCCGGCUAUAAGUACCCGCGACUCUCUCUCUGCUACUACUCUCACACGUCGUGCGACAGGUCAACAGUGACAGCCUCAUCAGCCGCAACCGCCCUCGGAGCCCCUUAACGCGACAGCGACGACACAGCCUGCAGGGAUGGCCAGCUACGAGUACCAGGACUACGAGUACCAGCCGUACCUCGAGGACAUGGGCGACGCCGAGGUCGGCUGCUGCGGCGGUCACCACGGCGGUCACCACGGCGGUCACCACGGCGGCGGCCACGGCGGCGGCCACCAGAUGGUGAUCUGCAAGCAGAGCGGCUGCUGCUGCAGCGGAGGUGGCAGCGGGAAGCAGUACGGCUGCUUCCAGACUGGGAAGCAGACGUCGCAGCACCAUCACGGCUGCGGCAAGGUGGUGUCGGUGAAGCACAUCGGGGGUGGAGGAUGCGGUCAAGGCCACGGUCACGGUUACGGUCACGGCCACGGUCACGGCCACGGUCACGGCCAGGGCCUUUGGUCCAAGGGUGGCGGCGGCGACUGCGGAGGCACCAAACACGUGGUCUGUGCCCAGGUCAAGCAGUGCUUUGCUAAGAAGUGCUGAGUUGACGGUGGUUGCUGGUGAGGUCAGGUGGUGAGGUCAGG